AUGCUUGCUUGGAUCUGGCUAAAUCUCCUGGUGGAAGAUUUGGCUAACCAACGCCUUGAGGGGUCCAUUAUCGAAGACACUGUCAACAAGCCGUGGAGACCGCUGCCCUCUCAUCGUCUGACGGCAGACCAAGCACGGGACUGGCUCACGGUUGCUAUUGUGGUUGCCGUAGGCUCGAGUCUCGUCUUGGGUGGCUACACAGCCAGUGUCACCCUAAUGCUCUUUAUAUGGAUGUACAACGACCUGGACGGCAGCAACAGCGGCAUAUGGAUACGAAAUGCCCUCAAUGCGAGCGGCCUUAUGUGCUUCAGCUGGGGUGCGUUAGCCACGUUGUCAGGAGGCGAACUAUCAUCACGGGCCUUCACCUGGAUCUUGGUAACUGGAGCCAUAAUAAUAACAACGGUUCAUGCGCAGGAUCUGCCAGAUAUUGAAGGCGACAAGGCACGCGGACGCCUUACUGUGCCCUUACUGUAUGGCGAGACAGCAGCCCGGGUGUCUCUAUCCGCCAUGGUCAUGUUCUGGUCAGUGGCGUGUCCGCUCUUCUGGGAUGUGUCGGCGUGGGGAUGGGCGGUCUCGACAAGCCUCGGAUGCGCCAUGUCAGUGCUUGCGCUGCAGAAACGAGGCCAGUGGUGGGACGAAGUGGUGUGGAAGUUGUGGUGCCUUUGGAUUGCGGCGCUGUAUCUGCUACCAGCGCUUGGCAAAUGA